AUGACGAGGGUUAUGACGGGAAUGAGAAUGUUGACAUCUCAGACAGAAUAUCAUCCGUCCAGCGGUCGUGAACCGCUGCAUCAAGUGUUUGACGAGUUUCGUGCUAAUGCACAUGAUACUGCUGAAGCACUUCCCUUUGCAGAAAUUGCUCUUGAUGCUGCGCUCAACAAGUUGCACAUUGAUGGACUCUUAUCUUUGAUUGCCUGCAUUGCAGGUGGUCAGGUCAAAAUAACGCUAAAAAACGAUGCUGAUUUUCGACAAGCAUUGUGUAGUGCGUCUACUCAGGUGAUGACGUUUACCAAACAUGAUAUCACUUGCGUGUAUCAGGUUCAUGCUUUGUCCAUAUGGGAAUGGGUCCUUGAUUUACUAGAAAACCCCUUGCUCGCGCCACAUUUUGCCUGGGAUGCACAACAUGUAUUCAAACAUAAUGGUACAAGAUUCGAGCGCUUCUAUGAUGAGUUGUGGACAGCUGAUCGAUGGUGGGAUGUCCAGUCAAAUCUUCCGCAAGAUAUUCAUGCUGUUCCCCUUUACUUGAUAGUGUAUGCAGACAAGACAAGACUAUCAUCGCAUGGUACUGUUAAGGGGUAUCCUGUUGUGGUAUGUUGCGCAAAUUUACUGGUACAAAUUCAGAAUGGCGAGGGCAUUGGCGGUGGUCGUGUUGUCGGUCUGUUGCCUAUUGUUUCCGAAGACGCAAAUGAGGAAGGCAAGACAGGUUUCACCAAUUUGAAGCAUGUUAUAUGGCACGAGUCAUUUGCAGUGUUCUUGGAACUGGUCGCGCAGUACUCGAAGACGGGUUAUGCCCACAAGUGUUUUGACCAGAUUCUACGCUGGCUAUUUCCCAUCUUACUUAUACUUUCUGCUGACUAUGAAGAACAGUGUAUGAUGUCAUUAAUUUGUGGCCACCAUAGCAAGUGCCCAUGUCCAGACGCAAUCACUGCACUCGAUGUCUACGAGAAAAGCAAGACUCGUGGUGAAGAACUGUUGAAGGCACUAGGAUUGUGCCCUAUCAAGAAUGUCUUAUGGAUUGUCGCGCACUCUGAUCCUCAUGACGCAAUCAGUCUCAACUGCUUACAUGCCCUUCAUUUGGGAAUUUGGAAGCACCUAUUCAAUGAAUUAAAGAAGAUUCUCAAAUACUUGGGACAUGAGGCAGAAUCGUUAUUUGAAGAGGGGAUCGCUAAUUUUCCUCAAUGGCGCAAGUGCAGUCACUUCAACACUGUUAUUCACAUGUCGUUCAGUGACGGCAACAAGAUGCAAGAUUUGUCUAAACAAUCUCUCUACUUGGCAUUGACCAUUUUGAAGCAAAGUGAUAGCCCAGAAGGGCACCGGCUGCUUUGUCUCAUCAGCAGCUAUCUGCAGCUUGAUAGUUAUAUUGGCCUCGACGUACAUACAACAAGCACGCUGGAUGCAAUUGAAGCAGAAUUGCUUGUAUUCAAUGAUGCGCUCAAGGACUAUGUGCAGUGCACUGCAGAAUCUUCUAUUGAAGAUUUAAGACUCGACUGGGACUUUCCAAAGGGUGCGGUGUGCAACUAUAGCGCACGUCCAAACGAAAAACUUCACGGCCCUUUGAAAGAAGUUUACAAGCGCCAAUCGAAUGGAAAGGAUGUGGCCCAACAGAUUCGUCAUGUCAACAAAAACAAAUUCGCAGUUGGUCUGCUAAGAGGACGCAUCAACGCAUUCGACAAGCAGCGCAACUCCGAGGACGAAGAGAUUGAUGAUGCGGACACUAUGUAUGAAGAUAAUCCGAAUCCAGCUGCUGCACAAGGACAUAUCCAACUCAGUUCGCCACAGCAACUCAAAUCUAUCCAGGACAUCGAAAAUACCUGUAGCCCGGCUGAUCGUGCUUUCCAAGACUUUCGUAGGAAGUUUUCCACAUUUCUCAAUGCUUCUUUACCUGGGUAUGGAUAUGCACUGAAGAGAUGGAUUACGCUACCUGCCAACUUCCAGAUUUGCAAAUAUCGCUACCUCAAGGUACACUAUGAGUCUACCGUCGACUGGAAACAAGUCACCGAUUACCUGCGGUGCAAUCCGAUUUUCCAUGGGCACCCGCGCUACGACUGUGUGCUCAUACAGCUCACUCCGGAACGAUCAGUAUUUGCUAAGCUGAUCCUUAUGUUCAAGUGCCAUCUCCCAGAUAUCGGCUCUUUUGAUUUUGCACUGGUUCAGCCGUAUACUGUGGGAACUGGUUUUUCUCGAAGAAUCAACCGUGAUUUCAAGCUCACUCGUGUCAAGGCUGCUCCUAGAGCAAACUCUAUAUUUGUUCCACUCACAUCUUUCAUCCAUGGUGCUGUUUUGUACCCUGACCCUGUACAUCAAGGUGAAUUCACUGUCGUUGAUCACAUUGACAGUGAUAUGUUUCUUCGCAUGAAGACAUGGGCACGCCAGUGA